GUGGCAGAUGCUUUGCGGCGUGUGCUACCUGCAUCACCACAGAAUCAUCCAUCGGGAUAUUAAACCAGAGAACUAUCUGGUUCAGAGAAAGGGAGAAUUGAUGCUUUUGAAGCUUGCAGACUUUGGGCUUGCUUGUAAUUUCAAGAAAGGCCGACCUUUGAAGGAGAUGCUUGGGACACCAUGCUACGUCGCACCUGAGGUUCUCUUGGGAAGAUAUGAUGAGCGUUGUGAUGUGUGGAGCAUCGGCGUAGUUUCCUUUGUACUAUGCACAGGUCAUCAUCCUUUUGCUUUCAGCAACGCUGACACUGCAAAGGUUGUCCUUCAGAGAAUCAAGGCAAACGAAAUGGACGCCCGGGACGCUCAAUGGAAUGAAGUUCACGAUGAGGCCAGAGACCUUGUCUUCAAAAUGAUGCAACGAGACCCAGAAGAACGACCACGAGCAAAGCGUAUCCUUGCAGGGAGCACAUGGCUGCAGCAGUUCGAUGUACCCGACAGGUCAGAGUCGGUGCAGAGAAACAAUGGCUGCUGCGUUGUCAGCUAGACAGGCUAGACAUGGAUCCAAAGGAUUCCGGAAUCCCAGGAAUGUACAGCCCUCGGCACAAUGCUUGAUGGGCUAAAGACUGCCAAAGGACCCAGCGUUGCAGGCCCUGAAUUUCC